AUGCAGACAAAGGUGGAGAAAAUGGUGUCGAAGAAAGUAACAAUUAUUUUAAUAUCUGUUGCAUCUUUAAUACUUUUUGCAACAAUCUGUGGCAUUUUAGUUGGAGUAUUAUUAGCGCAGAAUUCUAAUAGUCAAGAUUGUGCAAUUAAUCCAUUUGAAGUNAGCCUACAUCCUAUAAUAGUCUUAUCUGGAACCAGCAACUUUCUUUAUCCGAUUUGGGGAGAAAAAGUACUACGAUUUAAACACGGAGAAGCUGUUGAUUUCAUAUGUCCAGGACGAACGAUUUUAAUUGGCGGAUCUSAAACGAACAACUCAUUGUUGAGCGGAACGUGUUUCUCUGRCUCGGAGUUUGCAGUUGGAAAUGAGAUAAUAGAAUGGUCWGAUUUAAUAUGUAGCAGCACAUAUUGGAGAGGAAUUCAACGAACUGGRAAUACUUGUGCUUCAGACGGUGUGGAACUGGAAGCUGGCUUCAGUGUCGAUGACGGUCGAUUUUUGCAAACUCUGUUGAUAUGCUUCAACCCGACYUUGCAGGUUGYCUACUAUACAUUUAUAAACCAAACUGCCUCCAUCAACCAGCAAGUUCUCGGCACUGCAAGACCCUCCUGGCUUCAAGGGUCUGGUAUUUACGAUGUGGGAUCAGUAACUAGUUUAUAUGUGAGAGCCAAUCAGAGAGCAACAAUCAAUGGCCAGUUGGGAUUAGAGGCCAAUUCGACCAAAUACAUUCAAGAUUCCACCAACUACUAUUUAGCCAGAGGACAUUUGACGGCAAGAAGUGAUAACUUUUAUACUGCACAGCAAAACGCAACGUUUUACAUGCAAAACAUUGCGCCUCAGUGGCAGACGUUUAAUGGCUGGAAUUGGAACCAAAUUGAAAUUGAUUUGAGAGACUAUGCGUCUGAAAAUGGAGUCGAUUUACAGGUAUGGACAGGCGUAUAUGGAGUGACGACAUUACCUCAUGAGGACUCUGGUGAACCAACCGAACUAUACUUAUACUACGUUAAUGAGACUAGGAAAGCGAUACCAGUUCCACAAGUUUAUUGGAAAGUGGCGUAUAAUCCACUGACUCAACGUGGCAUUGCUCUGAUCGGGGUGAAUAAUCCAUAUAACAGCACAUUCUCGAAAUUGUGUUUCGAUGUGUCGAGCAGAUUGAGCUGGUUGCACUGUGAACGCGAAAACCAAAUAUUGGGAUUCUGCUAUGCAUGCAGCAUAACUACUCUUCGAUAUGCAGUGAAUUUCAUUCCGGCAAUGGAUGUUAGAGGGCUACUGUUAUAAGUAUUGUGAAACAUUUAUAUUAUAUAGUAUAUCAUAUAGAUUAA